AUGCCUGGUGCUAUGCUUGCUACCACCUCUGAUGUCAAUCAGAUUGAGGCUCCAGUCACCUGGAAGGCCUAUCUGAUCUGCGCCUUCGCCUCCUUCGGAGGUAUCUUCUUCGGUUACGAUUCUGGUUACAUCAACGGUGUUACCGGCUCUCCUGUCUUCGUCGAGCUCAUUGAGGGCGCCGGCAUUACCACUCUCUCCGGUCCUCACAACUCUCUCAUCACUUCUAUCCUCUCUGCCGGUACCUUCUUCGGUGCUAUCAUCGCCGGUGAUGUCGCUGACACCAUCGGUCGUCGCUGGACUGUCAUCAUUGGUUGCGCUAUCUACAUCGUCGGCGUAAUCCUUCAGGUCGCCUCUCACGGUCUUGGUCUGAUUGUCGCUGGUCGUCUCGUUGCCGGUCUCGGUGUCGGUUUCGAGUCCGCCAUUGUCAUUCUGUACAUGUCCGAGAUCUGCCCUCGCAAGAUCAGAGGUGCUCUCGUUUCUGGCUACCAGUUCUGUAUCACCAUUGGUCUCCUGUUGGCUGCUUGCAUCAACUACGGUACCAAGGACAUCAACAGCACUGCUUCUUACCGUAUCCCCAUCGGUAUCCAGUUCAUCUUCGGUAUCGUUCUCGGUGGUGGUCUCUUCUUCCUCCCCGACUCUCCUCGUUACUUCGUCAAGCGCGGUAACGUCGAGGCUGCCCGCCACGCAUUGGCCAGACUCCGUGGCCAGCCCGGUGACUCUGAUUACAUCGAGGCCGAGCUCUCUGAGAUCGUCGCCAACGAGGAGUACGAGCGUUCCAUGAUCCCCACCACCGGCUGGGUUUCUGGCUGGGCCAACUGCUUCAAAGGUUCGCUCUGGAAGCAGAGCUCCAACUUGCGCAAGACCAUCCUCGGUACCUCUCUUCAGAUGAUGCAGCAGUGGACCGGUGUCAACUUCAUCUUCUACUACUCUACUCCCUUCCUCCAGUCCACCGGUGCCAUCGGCAACGCCUUCUUGAUCUCGCUGAUCUUCACCCUCGUCAACGUCUGCUCUACCCCCAUUGCCUUCUACACUGUCGAGAAGUUCGGUCGUCGUCCUCUCCUCAUCUGGGGUGCCUUCGGCAUGUUGAUCUGCCAGUUCCUCGUCGCUAUCAUCGGUGUCACCGUCGGUUUCAACCACACUCACGACAUCCCCAACCCCGCUGGUGGUGACCCUCUUACUCGUUCCGACAACAUCUCUGCUGUCAACGCCCAGAUUGCCUUCAUCGCAAUCUUCAUUUUCUUCUUCGCUUCCACCUGGGGCCCUGGUGCCUGGGUCCUGAUCGGUGAGGUCUUCCCUCUUCCCAUCAGAUCCCGUGGUGUUGCCCUCUCCACCGCCUCCAACUGGCUGUGGAACACCAUCAUCGCUGUCAUCACCCCUUACAUGGUCAACAAGGACGAGGGUAACCUCAGAUCCUCCGUCUUCUUCAUCUGGGGUGGUCUCUGCACCUGCGCCUUUGUCUACUCGUGGUUCUUGGUUCCCGAGACCAAGGGCCUUUCUCUCGAGCAGGUCGACCGCAUGAUGGAGGAGACUACUCCCCGUACCUCCGCCGCCUGGGUCCCCCACGAGACCUUCGCCAGCUCCGUCGGCCACGCCAACGGUGGCAAACUCGACCUCGAGGUCGUCGAGGAUGUCGAGAGAAAGGGCAGUGUCUUCUAA